AUGGCCUUGCCUAAGCGUAUUGUCAAAGAGACCGAGCGUCUCAUGGCCGAGCCUGUUCCCGGUAUCAGCGCCGUCCCCCACGAGGACAACCUCCGCUAUUUCGAUGUCGAGAUUCACGGCCCUACACAGUCGCCGUACGAAGGCGGUGUCUUCAAGCUCGAGCUGUUCCUCCCCGACGACUACCCUAUGACUCCCCCCAAGAUCCGCUUCCUGACCAAGAUCUUCCAUCCCAACGUCGAUAAGCUGGGCCGUAUCUGCCUCGAUGUUCUCAAGAAUAACUGGUCCCCCGCGCUCCAGAUCCGAACCAUUCUCCUCUCCAUUCAAGCCCUCCUGGGCGCCCCCAACCCCGACGACCCGCUUGCCGCCGACGUAGCCAAGAGCUGGAAGGAGGACGAGCAAGCAGCCAUCGCGACGGCCAAGGAGUGGACCACCAAGUUCGCUGUACCCAAGUAA